AUGUACAUCACCCUCUACUACAUAGAGCACCUCCUAGCAGCAGAGAAGAGCAUAGUCGUUGUAGGAGCCUCUCGUGGUGACCCUCGCACCCCCGUCUUUGAGGGAUGUUCCCCCUCCCCCCUCUUUCCCUCUAUUGCUUCUGUUGCUACUGCCGACCUCGUUGGUUUCUACGGGGUCUGCGUUGCGUCUGCCCCGAGCGGGAGACGCCGCACCGGCAAGGGCAAGGGGGGCGAGGGAGCUGGAGGGGCUAGCGGGGGCGGUGGAGGUGGUGGUGGAGGCAGUGGAGGGGGUGGGGGUGGUGGUGGGAGUGGUGGUGGGGGUGGCGGCGGCGGUGGCAGUAGUGGAGGCGGCGGAGGCGGCAGUGGUGGCGGAGGGAGCAGAGGCAGCGGAGGUGGCGGAGGCGGAGGAGGUGGUGGAGGUGGCGGAGGCGGUGGCAGCGGCGGCGGUGGAGCUUGUGCGGACUUUGCGCAGAGGAGUGGGUCCGGUGGUGGUCCGCGCUAG